AUGCCGGAGAGUCGCAGGACAGAUAAUCACUCAGAGAGGAUCAGGAUGCUGCCGAUCAUCUCCUCCUCUUCUGCUCCAAGUAAGUUCAAAGACAGUGCUUACUCUGAGACCGAGCGAGGCCAAAGGCUCCCAGAUGUGGACGCAGCACAGCAGCUCAAGUUAAGAGAGAGGCAGCGUUUCUUCGAGGAGGUCUUCCAGCACGAUGCGGACGUCUACCUGUCCUCGGCACACCUGUGUAUCCGAGACUUUAAGAGACCUCCGAUUGGCAGCAUCUCAUCCAUAGAGGUGAACGUGGACAUGAUGGAUCAGAUGGAGCUGAUCGACGUCUCGGACCAGGAGGCCUUAGAUGUGUUCUUCAGCUCCAGUGGAGAAGAGGGGUCCAUGACCUCCCCGCUGCCAGUCCAAGGAAACAACAACAAUGGGGAGGUCAUCAACAAUGGACUCUUUCGACAUGUCCUCGAGGGUCUUGAUGCCAAGUCCCGCAUGUCGUCCACGUCUUCAAACUCCUCCUCUGACAGCCAGAGUCUGGACGCCCACCGAGGAGAAAUCUGUGAAGUCAGGUCAGAUGAUGAGAAAACACACACCAGCACAAUCAAGCGGAGAGCCGUGCCUCCUGAGAUGGAGAGAGUGAAGAGUCAUACUCCAUCAGCAUCUUCGUAGGACGCGCCCUCUCCACCUGCAGCACCUAGAUGACAGACAGGUGG